AAUGGGGAAUUUCAAAACAGUGUGUGUAUAUUGUGGAAGUAGUUUUGGGAACAAUCAGAUAUUCACUGAUGCAGCUCUUGAUCUUGGAAGAGAAUUAGUGAAGAGGAAUAUAAAUUUGGUGUAUGGAGGAGGGAGUGUGGGUCUGAUGGGAUUGGUUUCACAGACAGUUUUUUAUGGUGGUUGUCAUGUUCUUGGAGUUAUUCCCAAAGCUCUUGUUCCAGUUGAGAUUUCUGGAAAUUCAGUGGGAGAUGUGGUGAUUGCAUCAAGUAUGCAUGAAAGAAAGGCUGAGAUGGCUCGAAUGGCUGAUGCUUUCAUUGCUCUGCCUGGAGGGUAUGGUACCAUGGACGAGUUGCUUGAAAUAAUAGCUUGGUCUCAUCUUGGAAUCCAUCACAAACCAAUAGGUGUGUUGAAUAUUGAUGGGUAUUACGACAACUUACUUGGACUAUUUGACAAAGGUGUGGAAGAAGGAUUUAUUAAACCAUUUUCAAGAUCCAUUGUCGUUUCUGCUACUUCCUCUGCUCAUCUCAUAACCAAGCUUGAGGAAUACAUACCACAACAUCAUCAAGUGGCACCAACUCAAAGCUGGAGUGUAGAUUAAUAAGUU